GGAUAUGACGGACGGAAAUACUUCUUACCAACUGAAAUGUACAGAUAGAUGUCCAAACAUACCGACGGCAGGAAAACUUGUACCUGUAGGAGACCGGGUUAAAUGUUGCUUUCAAGAAGCUGCAAGGGCCCCCACCCCACCGGGGGUAAGGAAAUUCCACAACAGCAUCCACCCAGAGCCAGGAUCUGUCAGAGUGCACCGAGGGAAGGCCAAUGACCCAACUGUUGCCAGCACCCUUGUUCAUGGCAUCAGCACCAAAUCUUGUCUCACUGGCAAAAGCUUGCUAAAUCCUCCCCCAAAGACCUUGUUCCAGCAGAAGCUGCAAGAGCUCAGUGAAGCAACGUACACCUCCAUUCAAAAGGCACCAUUGGGAAAGUCACGUGAUCAGCAUGGUGGACUUCCCACCCGGUACAAUGACAAAACUACAUAUGGUGUUAAGACUGUUAAAGGGUUGGAUAUGCGUGAGCUUAUUAACCCUUCAAAGACAGUGGAAGAGGUGGAGAGGGAAGCUCAGGAGGGAGACGAGGCUUACCUCCGCACCCACAACGCCUAUUUUGUUGGUGAGAGGAUUGAUAGGAAGUACGACCGUAGCCACUACAGUAAAGACAGCAGGUUUGGGAUCCCCACACCUCAUUUCACCGACGGACGUAAUCUUGGCAAAGCCCUCCACUGGCUGGGGGAGACUCAGAAGUUUUACAAUCCAAACCCUGUUUGGAAGAGAUCUGGGACCAGGGAAAAGAUGGCGUCACAACUUGGCAAAACGAACGUGAGAGGAAAUACCUUGAAUCUUCCACCAGAUCACACCUUUGGAAAACUCACUGCGGAUGAAUUUGGUGUUGGAGAUUUAAUCCACUCCACACAGCCAGGCCAGAAUGUGAGAGGUGGAGACCGCCAGCGCAGUCUGGUCAGCGCAGUGCAACUCCACCUGAAGAAGGUCAACUUCCACAUCUUCCCCUCCUUGCUGCAGGCGUUCAGACAUUAUGACGAGGCGGGCAAGGGAAGGAUUGACAAAGAGGACCUGCAGGCAGUGUGUCGUCAGUUCCAGCUGGACGUGAGCAGGCCGGUUCUGGACGACCUGAUGGACUACUGUGACACAGACAAGGACGGACUAAUCAACUUCCUGCAGUUUGCUAACUUCCUCAACUGGAAAGACAAGAUGCCCAUCAACAGUCAAGAGCAACGCAUUAUGACGAAUGAGCUUCAAAGCAGCACGGCUCCAGACAACACAGAGAGGAAGCCUCAGUCAGAAUCGGCACAGCUUCCUGCCUCUCAGGCCUUAAUUAAGCCUGAGGACCUGGAGCCCAUUAAGCCAGGCAGCUCACUGAAGACCCUGAGGACCCUGAGGCAACCGAGGGAGGCCCCCGACCACUUCAAGACCUCCUACACCCUCAUCGGGUCCGUCAGUGAUCCACCCACAUCCAACGGCCGCACCUCUGGGAUCCCGACUGUGCGCUGCGACCUUCCAGCUCCACGCAUAAAGAGAGUCACUGACAAGAACAACUACGGCGAUACAUCGACAGCUGUAGACCUUCUGUAUCCAUCGGUUCAUGCCCUCCGGGGUGUUCAUGAGAAACACUUCUUUUGCCCUCGCACCAAGGAGGAGAUUGCAGAGAUCUUCAGGAAUGUGGGCGUUAAUGUUUCUGAAGAGACGUUCGAAGAAGCCUGGAAGCUGGCGUCCAUGAAGCAUCCCUCCGGGGAGGUUUGUGUCGAAGUUUUCCGCAACGUACUCAAGGAAAUAAAAGCAAUAUGAUACUCACGAUAUUUUUACUGGCACAGUGUUUCCUCAUCGCUGUCUUAACGAUAUCUCCACUACCCGCCCAAAACCUUCACAUGACAACCAUAAUGUGAAAAUCUCUGUAUUUUGAACCGCCGUUCUCAGUGACCUCAGAGUCAAGUUAAAAACUGUUUUUAAAGAGCAACAAAAAAAGACAUUUUUUCAAUGCAUUUUGAAUUUUGUUUGCCUUUGCAAGUGGGACACUUAUUUUUAUACAUAGAGCAAUACAACACUUUUUGUCAUUACAUUGUUGUUCAUAUGAACUCGGCUACUUUGGAUCUGACGUCUUUGAAGUCCAUCCAUCCAUCCAUUAUCCAAACCGCUUAUCCUGUUCAGGGUCAGCUGGGAGCUUCUUUGAAGUGAUGCAUUAAUAUGAGAACUCCCAAGAAACAAGUUUAAUUUGAAUGUUUUUUGCGUCAGCAGAGUCUGUUUUAGGUAUGUGACCUAACCUAAUACUGAGAACACCUAAUCUAUUUGUGCUGUCACAUUCUAUCACUGCUGCUAUUCUCUUCAACUGACAUCAACUUUUAUUUCACACUGUUACUGUAUCAUGACCGUGGUUAUGAAUCUUUAAACAAUAAAUGCAGAAGGGGAACACAUACAGCUUUAACGGCUAACAUCAGAUUAAUGAUCAUAAGCAUCUAUUUGCAGUACCUGGCAGAGGACAAUAUAGAGAGCCAUACUGUACCUCAUGCACACAUUUCAAUAUAUGGAAUUAAUUCUUAGUCGGCAUCAAGUUGCUCUCAUGUGAUGACAUGCUGGAGAAC